UCGAUCAAGCCUUUCACCAUCCACACACAGCAUUUAGCCAUCGAACAACAAGCGAAUUCGUGAUAGUGAUCAUCAAAGAAUCUGAUAUUACUUAGUAGCUGCACCGACGUACGUACGUGCAACGAUGGACGCGCCGGCCAUGCUCACGCGCAAGCACGUCCCCGAGAACAUCGCCGCAGAGGAGGGCGGGCAGCAGCAGAUGCACCGGGACGAGAAGCAGCACAAGCCGGUGCUCAAGAAGGUCAAGGACAAGGUGAAGAAGAUCAAGAACUCCAUCGCCGGCCACGGCCACGAUCACGAUCACGGGCAGGACACCGGCGGUAGCAACAGCACUGAGGAGGACGAGGAUGAUGCGGCCAUGAGGGAGGCCGAGGUGGAGAAGGGCGGCUACCAGGAGGACGUCGAGGACAAGACCGUUUUCUCAGAGUCCAGCCCCGAGCUGCACGGCGCACCCAUGUACGACUCGGAGAGGAUCCCGGCGGCGGCGAAAGACGUGAAGCACAACGACGCUCCGGGGGUGAGGCCUGGUGACCUUGGCGCCCCGGCAGCGGCGCAUGAGGUAAAGCGCGACGACGCCGCGGGGAUGCGGCUCGGCGACUUCGGCGGCCCGGCAGCGGCGCACGAGCCGAGGCGGCAUGACACACAGGGGGAGCUGCCCCGCGAUUUCGGCGUCCCGGCAUCGGGGAAGGAGGUCAAGCGCGAUGACACCCCGGGAGUGCGGCUCGGCGAUCUCGGCGGCCCCGUCGUCGAGGACCCGGCCGCGCCGAACUCGAGGACGCCCAUGCCGCGUGGAGGCGAGGACAUCGGCACGACGGACGUCGUCCGGGACUUCGAGGCGAUGACCGUGUCGGACGACCCCAAGCAAGUUGGCGCAGGGAAGAUGGACGUGGACGUGAGCAAAGAGUACGAGGCAAUGCCGGUGUCGGACGGCACCGGGGAGGAAUGGAACGACGCGCCCACGGACGCCGAGUACACCGGGAGCUACACGGACAGGCUCAAGAACACGGCAGCUGGCACGACAGAGUACGGCAAGAAGCUGGCGAGUACGGUCUACGAGAAGGUCGCCGGCGUCGGCACGGUCGUGGCGAGCAAGGCGCAGCAGGUCACCCCCGGCUUCGGUGCUGGCGGGAACGCGCAGGACGACUCAAGCGCGACUGCUGCCCCUGACUCGAUGACCGCACGUGCCGGGAAGAGGGACCUCGACUUGCCGAACGAGGGAACGCCGGCGUUCUACACCGGCACCGAGGAGCUGAAGAAUGCGGCCACGGACGCGACGGGCUCAGAGGGGCUGAAGAACGCGGCCGCGGACGCGACCAUGGUGGGCGCGCCUGGCGCGACGUACACUGACAAGAUCAAGUCUGCGGCGGCGGGCACCACAGAGUACAGCAAGAAACUGGCGAGCACGGUGUACGAAAAGGUCGCCGGCGUGGGCACGGCCGUGGCGAGCAAGGCCCAGCAGGUGAUGCCCUCGGCCGGCACCGCCACUCCCGGCAUCGGCGCGCAGGACGGCGCCACCACCAGGGCGACGGGCACUCCUGGCGUCGGUGCGCAGGACGGCGCCACGACCACCGCGACGGUCACCCCUGGCGCGGGUGGACCAGGGAACGGGCAGGACAAGGGGGUGACCGGCGUGACGGCGUACAUCGCUGAGAAGCUGCGCCCGGGCGACGAGGAGCGGUCCCUGAGCGAGGCCAUCACCGGCGCCGUGCAGGAGCGCAAGGAGGGGGUCGGGAGCACGGUGGCCAAGGCGCGCGAGGUCCCGGCACAGGCGGUGACCAGGGCGCGCGGAGCCGUCACGUCGCUCACCGGCGGAAACCGCGUGUCGGAGACAGUGCAGCCCACCACAGAGGGGAACAUCGGGGGUGGCGUCGCGGCGGAGGGACCGGUGCUCCACGGCGAGGCUCCGAGGACCAACACGAAUGUGAUGUGAAGUGCUGCAGCGUGUGAUCGGUGCGCCGGGGUCGUGGGAUCGCUGGAAUAAGUCGCCUGGCUGGUUCAGGUGCUUGGGUUCAUCUGGGGGGCUUAGCUGCUUUGUCGUUCGUGUAUUUUGGGCUUGUGUUCCAGAAGGGUUCGUGUGAGUUUCACACGUGUUGUAUGUCUGUAAAUCAUGUACGGUACGCGUGUGUAUGUACAUGUUUCUGUCUAUCUUUCAAGUUCUUUUGAAAUUCGUGUGUAA